UGGCAACCCGUGAUCUGGCCACCCCUAUAUUCAACAUCGCCCAGACCAUGGACGUUGUACAGUUCACUGCCACUGCUACACACUUACCCUGACUGAUUUCAAUAACCAUGUCAACUGGCAGCUCGUCCAGCCCAUCGAAUUGGGUUACGGGCAGUUACACGGGUAACAGCGAUGGUCUUCGCAUCACUAUCACCACCUUCGUGGUGAUCGCCUGGUAUAAUUCCAUUGAGCUAAUGGUUCUCAUCUUCUCCAUCUUCAAACAGUAUAAAGGGAUCUACUUUUGGAGUUUGCUGAUUUCGACUGCGGGGAUCCUCCCCUACUCGAUCGGGUUUUUUAUGAAAUUCUUUGAUCUGACGUCAGCAAUCUGGGUCUCCUUGACUCUUGUCACGGUUGGGUGGUGGACCAUGGUGACUGGGCAGUCCUUCGUACUCUACUCCAGACUACAUCUGGUUGUUCAAAAUACAAGAGUGCUAAAGUUCGUCUGCGGGAUGAUCAUUGCCAAUGUUUUCCUCCUGCAUAUACCGACUACCGUAUUGACAUACGCCGCCAAUUAUGAGCAGUCGUAUAAGUACCUGCAUGCAUAUAACAUCAUGGAGAGAGUCCAAGUCGCGGGAUUCUGCGCCCAAGAACUGAUCAUCUCGGGUAUUUACAUCUGGGAAACUACGCGCAUGUUGAAAUUGAACCCCAAUCGAGACAACCGUAACAUCAUCUUACAAUUAUUCAUGAUGAACCUGGUCUGCAUCCUGAUGGACAUCGCUCUGAUCGCAGUAGAAUGCGCGAACUACUACAUCUACCAGACCACGCUGAAAGCUACCGUGUACAGUAUUAAGCUGAAGAUUGAAUACGGAGUCUUGAACAAAUUGAUCUAUAUUGCGAAGCAAUCCGCAGGAAUGCAACCAGAGGACCCUUAUAUCGAACUGAGCCGACUCAGCCCCGUUGCCAACUCCGAUACUACGCGCACAACAACGCAAUCUAAGCCACACCGUUCCAGCAUAGAAGGCAUCAGCUUCCGUCUACGUGCACUUGUAGCCUCACCGCAUUGCCGCCAGGACCGGUGAAGACAUCGUCAACCGGCUCAGUACAGCUACAUACCAUCCCCUUUUCAUGGACCGCGCUCAGAUGUCUGCCACCUCUACUCCGUACUCUACGCAUUGUUGCGACCAAUUCUAAUUGCAUAUCCCCACGGCCCAUACCGUGGGGAU